AUGAACGAAACUUCGCGCAGUCAAUCAAGUUUGAACUUGUUUAAAACUGAAGAUGGAUAUCCAAUCGAACGAAAAGUAAUCGAUAUUGUUGGUCGAAUAGGCUCACUUUAUGAUGCUUCAACAGAUAACUUAAUUGAUCGACAUUCUAUUCAAAAAAUUGAAAGAAAAGCACCAAGUAAACGUUCUAUAUGUCGACUGUUUUCAGGUGAUCAAUCAAAAGACCUUAUUAGUUUUCUUAAAGAUAUCGAUUUUGACGAUGCAAUUCGACAAAGUAUAUGUCUUCAAAUGGUUACACCAAAAGGCAUUUGCCGUCUUAUUGAAUAUAAUCAACCUGUUGAUGAAAACACUCGUUUUCUAUAUUAUUCUUACAGAACUCGAAAAGAAUGGUUAGAGGUGACAGCGCAUCAAACAAAUAAAAUCGUUGCAGCACCAUCAACUCCAACUGAAGCAACUCAUAUGAUAACAAAAAUCUUAUGGGGUUUUGAAGUUCUAUGUAUAAUACAAAUUCCAAAAAAUCAAUCUAUCAAUCUAAUCGAUCAAUUUCUUCAACAUAUUUGUGAUCGACUUCAAAAUAAUCGGAUCCCAGUUAAACUUAACAGUACUGAUCAACAGCUCAUCAAUCAAUUAAAUAAUACUGUUGUAUAUGGAUCUGAAACAUGUGUUAAUCAACCGAAUACAUCAUUAUUAACAAUUCUCAAUAAGAUACAAGAUUGGCAAAAUGAUUCAAAUGUUCAUCAACCACUUAUCUACACGAUGCAACCAUUAAGAUGGCUUUACAAUAAUCCACAAUUUGAUAUACCAUGUACUUUUCCUAAACCAGAUAAUCCACAUAUUGCACGAAUUGAAAAUGUUAUUAAUCGAAUAAAUUAUCAAAUAAAAGAUCUUAGAGAAAUAUUUCAAAAUCUACCAACAAAUUUUUCUAGUGCAAUACUUAAUCAACGUUUAAAUAAUCUUCAACAACAAUAUCGUUUUCUUUUGAAUUCACAAGAUAAUUUUCAAGAACAUCUUAGACAUGCACUUGCAGAUAUUCGUCGACAUCGUAUUGAACCAACAACGCUGGAUGAUAUUAUUAGUGAUCAACGUUAUGAAUGUUUACGUAAAAUUGAAUUAGAUAAAUUUCUUACUCGUGUUCAACAAUUAUUAAGUAAAUCGAUAUUAAUCGAAAACUUAAACAAUAAUCAUAUUGAAUAUAUUACAGUGGCCGAUGUUCAUUCUAAUGAAAAAAUACCAACAAUGAUUGAUGAUAUUGAUACCAUACUUAAACAUACAUAUUCCAAUGAGAAUGAUUCUGUCAUUCUUUGGUAUUCGAGUGAUCGUUUAAAACGUGAAGAAGAAGAUAAAUAUCAACAAAUAUAUCAAGAAUUAACUUGGGAACAACAACAUGUAGAACAACGAAUAAAAUUAAUCUAUGUUGAUUUUACCUAUUUCAAAGAUAAAUUAGAAGAUUUUAUCAUUGUAAGAUUACCAUUAACAGAGCCAUCAAUAACUGAGCAUGAUCCUAAGAGAGACACAGUACAUCUGUUACCAUUUACUGAUACAGAUCGAUCAUCUUCAAAGCAACAACGAUCGAAAUCAUCAUCUCCACCACCUCCUAAACUACCACCUCGAUCAUCACCUACACUAUCAAAACCUCCACCUGUACCUCCAAGAGAAUCAUCUCCAAUACCACAACCAACCGAAAUUAAUGUAUUACUCUUGGGAGAAAUAGGUGUUGGAAAAUCAACAUUCAUUAAUGCAUUUAUUAAUUACUUAAAAUUUGAAAGUCUUCAACAAGCUGAACAAGAUGAAUCAGUUGUUUUAAUUCCAGUUUCAUUUCUCAUUACUGUUGGUGAUCGAUUAGAUAAAUUUAGUGUCAAAUUAGGUAAUACUGAUUCGAAUGAGAAUCAUGAGCAACAAGGUCAAUCAGUUACACAAAAAUGCAAAUCAUAUAUAUUCGAUUUGAAUAAUAGACUACGUUUACGAUUCAUUGAUACCCCUGGUAUUGGUGAUAUACGAGGAAUGAAUCAAGAUAUAAAAACUUUUGAUCACAUAUUGACUUAUAUAACUAAUUUAUCUCAUUUAAAUGCUAUUUGUUUAUUUCUGAAACCAAAUUCUUCUCAAUUGGAUGUUUUCUAUGAUUCAUGUCUUAAUCAAUUAUUAACAUAUUUAACACCACGUGGUUAUAAUAAUAUUAUGUUCUGUUUUACAAAUACUCGACCAACUUCUUUUACAUCAGGUGAUACUGGUCUAUUACUUCGCAAAAUGCUUGAUGAUGAACAUCUUAAUCGUAUUCCAUUUAACAAACAAAAUACAUUCUGUUUUGAUAGUGAAUCAUUUCGAUAUUUAGUUGCAAAAAAAUGUGGUAUUCAUUUGGAUGAAUAUCAAACACAAGAAUGUAUUGCUAGUUGGAAUACAUCAAUAAGUGAAUCAGUUCGUUUACUUAAAUUUAUUCAAAGAUGCAAAUCAUAUAAUCUACAAGAUUGGUUAUCACCGCGAAAAGCUUGUCUUGAUAUAUUCAUGCUUGCUCGACCUCUCAUAGAAACAUUAAGAUUAAUAAUUUAUAAUUGGAAAUUAAAUGAAGCUAAAUUAAUUGUUAAUCAUAUGAUAUUAAAUUCAAAUCCAAUCGAUAUUGACAUUUGUACUAAUUGUGCACAAAUGAAUAUUGUUGAACUAGGCCCAUUUUGGUUAACUCAAUAUCAACCCCCUAUUUUAAAUAACAAUGUAAAUCAACAUAGCUAUUGUCCUACAAAUGGAAAACAUUUUUUAAUUGAAUUCAAUGUAACACAUGAAUUUGUUCCACUACCAGCAGGUCUUAAAAAUGAACGAUGGCAAAGUUCUUUUCAUAAUUUUUUAUUUAAAUGUGAUCGACUUGUUCAUUUUUUAAGACAACUACAAUCAAUGUCUCAAGAUGAUCCAUUUCAACUUAUACUCGAACGAUAUCUCGAAGAAGAAGAACAAAUUUCUCAGACUCCAAAUAUAAAUUCAAAUAUGAAUAAACCUAUACGAGAAGAAUUGAAUUCUAUAAAACAAAUACGUGGACAAAAUAGUCAAAAAUUAUUUGAAUCAAAUGAAAGACUUUCACUUAAUCAAGUCUAUCAAAUAAUUCAUGAAUUAAUUGCCAUACCAACAGUUCGAAAACAAAUAGAUAGUAUUAAUAAAAGUCGUCAAUUAAAAAUGAAACAACAAGAAUGUACAAUACUAAAAAACUUUAUCAAAAACAAAAUCUUUGUUUGA